CAACAAGAAUUGAGACAAUUGCAGAUACAACUAGAACUUCUUCGAAAGCAACUAUCGGUGCAGAGUAUUGAGUUAUAUAACGCCCAGAUACGUUUGUGGGCGUUGAGCAUAGAGGUUCUUAAUUUACAAAGAGGAAUAGAGGAAAUAAUGAGGCAACAAGCUGAAGAAAACACAAUGUGGGCAUACCUCGCUUCAUUCUUUUCCAGAAAUUCGCAAGAAGCAGAGGUGAAGAAGACGCAACGAGAUAGAGAUCGACUUCAGAAGAUCGCAACGCGAAGUAUCAAGGAAAAUAUUGUUAAACAACAAAAUAGUAUUAUUCAAACUUAUAAACGAGCUAUUGAUACUAUUAAUGAAAACAUACACUCAACAGAGACGAAAAUUAGAGUUAGAGAGGACCAAGAAAGAAGGAAAAUAGAGAAAGAAAUUCUUCGCCAAAAGCGUAACAAAAUGAAGGAGCAAGAAGAAAAGAAGGCUCGGGAAGCUACCAAAAAAAGAGAGAGAAAGGCUAAGGAGUCACACGAAGCAGACCAGGCUAAGAAUAAACAGAAUUCUCAUAGUAAACAAACAUGCCUCCACCGAUGUUGGUGGAAUUAGGUUGAUGGCCGUGUUGUUUGCAGCUGUUGCUCGGUUCCUACUCGCAAAUUCGCUUUCAAGUGUCC